CUGGCCUGAACUGAAAAUCAAAACAAGAGGCUUCUUCUUCGUCGUCUUCUUCUUCUUCUUCUUCUUCUUCUCUUCUUCUUCUGCUCAGAGAAAGGGGAGGGCGGCCGCCGCCGUAAUCUUCGUCUUCCACCGGAGCUUGCAGCGUGGGAGGCGGAGACCUUAGAGCUCCUUGGGCCUUCGGCGGACCUCCAUUUGCGUCGGCGGUGCGGACCUCUCUCCUCUCUGCCGAAACGAAAGCGAGUUUUCCCCCUGCAUUUGGCUUCUCGGAGCUCGAUCUCGAGUCGAAUUUGCAGGAAGCUUUGAGGUUGAACUCGGAGCGCAUAUAUCCCUAUCAGUCGACACAAUUUGAUUAUUGAAGCGGCGUUAAUCCUUUUGUAGUUGCUAUUCCAGCUCAUUUGCUGAAUUGACAUGGCUGCAGCAUUGCAUUUCGGUGGGGUUAAGACACCCCCUUCUAUAGCUGCAAAAGAAACUCUGCAGUCACAAUCUCUAUGGCCCCAGCAGCUUCGUUUUGCCACCUCUGUUGCAUCGCGGCCAUUUCUCUGUAGGAGCUUCAAAACUAGCUGCAGCAGCAGAGUUCUCAAAGUGAGUUGUGAGGCGGCAAAUCUCGAUGUACUAGAGAAAAAUGUGACUGCGACUGUCAAUGCUGGCAGCAGCGGGAGUCAGUUAACAUGUGUGAUGAAGUUUGGUGGGUCAUCGGUUGCCUCAUCUGAGAGGAUGAGAGAGGUUGCGGAUCUCAUACUUAGCUUCCCAAAUGAGAGGCCCGUGAUUGUUCUAUCUGCCAUGGGAAAAACCACCAACAAACUUCUUUUGGCUGGAGAAAAGGCUGUCACCUGUGGCGUCACGAACGUAUCAUGUAUUGAGGAAUUGAGCUUCAUUAAGGAUCUGCAUAUUAGGACCAUGAACGAGCUUGGAGUUGACAAGGCUAUAAUCGAUAAACACCUAGAAGAUUUGGAACAACUCCUGAAGGGAAUUGCUAUGAUGAAGGAGCUGACUCCACGGACAAGAGAUUACCUAGUUUCAUUUGGGGAGUGCAUGUCCACAAGGAUUUUUGCCGCAUAUAUGAACACAUUGGGAGUCAAAGCAAGACAAUACGAUGCCUUUGACAUUGGCUUUAUUACCACCGAUGACUUCACAAAUGCGGAUAUCUUGGAAGCAACUUACCCAGCUGUUGCAAAGAGGUUAUAUGAUGAUUGGAUCAGCGAUCCUGCAAUACCAAUUGUUACUGGUUUUCUUGGAAAGGGUUGGAGAACUUGUGCAGUGACUACUCUGGGUCGUGGUGGCAGUGAUUUGACUGCUACAACUAUUGGCAAAGCAUUGGGCUUGCGAGAGAUUCAGGUGUGGAAGGAUGUUGACGGUGUUUUGACAUGUGACCCGAACAUAUAUCCAAAUGCACAUCCUGUCCCUUACUUGACAUUUGACGAGGCAGCAGAACUUGCUUAUUUUGGUGCUCAGGUCCUGCAUCCUCAAUCCAUGAGACCAGCUAGAGAAGGUGAUAUUCCGGUUAGAGUAAAAAAUUCAUACAAUCGAAAUGCAUCAGGGACUUUGAUAACCAAGACAAGGGACAUGACCAAGGCUGUUCUUACUAGUAUUGUUUUGAAGCGAAAUGUCACCACUUUAGACAUUGUUAGCACUCGGAUGCUUGGUUCAUUUGGUUUCCUUGCCAAGGUAUUUUCCAUCUUCGCUGAUCUUGGUAUAUCCGUGGAUGUUGUGGCUACAAGUGAAGUCAGCAUUUCCUUGACAUUGGACCCUUCAAAGCUCUGGAGCAGAGAAUUAAUUCAGCAGGCAAGUGAGCUUGACCAUGUGGUUGAAGAACUCGAGAAAAUUGCUGUAGUCAAUCUUCUCCAGAAGAGAUCCAUUAUCUCCCUUAUUGGCAAUGUGCAACGGUCGUCACUGAUAUUGGAGAAGGCAUUCCGUGUCCUCCGAAGUCUUGGAGUUAAUGUGCAGAUGAUCUCUCAGGGUGCAUCUAAGGUCAAUAUCUCAUUGGUUGUGGAUGACGAUGAAGCAGAGCAAUGUGUUAGGGCUCUGCACUCAGCCUUCUUCGAGAACGACCUCCCAGAGCUUGUUAUUGAUCGUGGGAAUGGGAAGGGGAAUGGUUCUCCCUCGGGAUUGUGAUGCUGAUAUUUGUGUUCUGCAGUCCCAUUGUUAGUCUUUAGGUGCUGUGGUUGGGCAAGCAAUCGUACACAUUCCUUUGGAAGUCUCUUCCUUCUGAUCAACCUCACAUUACUUGAGGGAGGUUCUUCCUCUAUAAUCCGAUCGACGGGUAAUAUUAUCGGAAUUUCAUAUGUAGGCGAGAAGUCUAGUAUUUCUUUUGUCAUUGUUUGUGUUGUUCAUUGGUGUAAGCUGCCGAUAGCUACGACAAAGCUGCAGCAACUUGUAAAACUGUCAUCUAUCACGGUCGUCAUUGUUAUUUAUCUAAUUAUCAUCAACGUUGUUGUUCUUGUUUUCCAUGAGAAGAGUCAUCAUGGGAUAUAUACAUACUAAAAAGAGAUUCAUCGA